AUGUUCUACAAAGUGAGCGAACAUAUCCGGAACGUUUCAUAUAAUAAAUUUCGUCAGUUUGAAUAUAAGUUUUCAUUUUAGCUGUAGGAAAAUUUUUUUCUCUGCUCCAGUUUUUUUUCAUAUUUUAAACAGAAAAUGAGCGAAAAACUACUUUCCCUGAAACUAUCUGUCCUUUUGAGAGGAUGAGGAAGCCCUACUAUAGUAGAAAAUCGAAACUAAUUGAAAUCGAACAAGAAAUCGAACAUCAGAGCUCUUCCUAAGGCUCGAAGUUCAUUUUCCAGAUAAGAGCCCUGCCAGUUCCGAUUUCAAGUUCCUGACUCUUUUAGACGCAACUUGGGAAGUGAAAAUAGAACCAUGAAAUGAUGACAGCAAAAGUAAGGCUGCCACAGUAAUCCUUCAAUAAUCCAGUGCUGUGGAGUUUCUUGAUCUCUCUAUUUUCAGAGAACCGAAGACGGGACGGCUCAAAUGGAGAGAAGAGUCGCUUUCCGACCGACCGGCAAUGAUGAAGCUGGUUGAGAAAACUUUUUGAACUUCAUUUUCAAAAAAGGAAUUUCAGGAUCUUCGGAAUGCUAUGUACGAAUGAACAUUGGGGGAAAGACUUACUGUAUCCGAAGCGAAUUGUACACAUCGGAUCGAACUUUGAUGCAUGAAAUUGUGGAGGCAACACAUGAGAAAAGGUUGAGAAACUAGUCGGAAUUAUUCACCAUUUGCCCUAACUAGCAAAACCAUGUAGUUAAGCAGUAGAAAAACCAUGUAAUUAAAGGCAUAGGGGCAGUAAAAAACGGUGUUUCAGUUCAAAGCAGUACUUUGUAGAGAUUUUCUUUGCGAAUCGAACGGUGAACUAAAAAACUUACCGAACUUCCUAGUUUUGUAGAAAAAAUAAUUCAAAGUCGGAGAGAGGAAAGUUUGAGUUCCCGCAAAAAGGGCGCUUUGCAGUAAAGUUACUCUAUGGACAACACGCUUCACUAUCUUCCGGAUUUUCGCUUUUUUCUUCGUUUCUUUCAAUCUUCAAUUUUUUCUGUUGUCACCAAAGUUCUUUUCGUCACAAAAGCUUUCUAUUCAUGUAUAAUUUGCAAACUUUGAUUGCAAAAAAGCUUUUCUGGUGAAAAAUGAUGAUUUUACACAGGUUUCGAUGGGGAUAGCAAUAUUUUGUGUUUUCUUUAUUAUCGGUGUGUGUUUUUUGUUUUCUUAAUCAAUUUUUCAGAAAAGAAACCCUUAAUUUGAAGCAGAUAUCCGGUUAUUUCUCACAAAAUGCGAGUCUAAUGAGACGUCCGCAACAUCGCGUGCACGGCUACUGUAAACAUUUGUCCGUAGGCCGAUCCAAAGCUUUUUUCAAAAUUAAAGGCGGGAAAGUAAAAUCGCGUUUUUCUUCUAAAGUUGUCACACCUGUAAUUUUUUUGAGUACACCAUUCGAUUCGCAAAGAAAAACUAAAUAAAAUACUGCUUUCACCUGGAACCCCAUUUUUUACUGCCCAUAUGCCUUUAAGCAUUUUAAUGGCUGGAAACUUAGCGCCCGACCCAAAGCAGAAUUUUCGCUAGAUUGCAUCGGGAAGUGUUAAAAUAAUGAAUUUCAAAAAAGCUCUGAAGUUGAAUCUUACUGCACGCCGUAGGAAGUUUUUGUGCAAAACAGAAGUGAGAACCCCAAAAAGUUUUCAGGCUAGACUUGGUGGAUGGCUAUGACGAGAAAAACGACGAAUACUACAUGGAGCGGAACACUCGAUUGACUGACCAUAUAAUGGACUAUUUUGUGACCGGUAUUCGGUUUCCUAAAGACUUCUAUCUAUAAAUUUUCCAGGAAGUCUCCAUAAGCCGCAUCAUGUCUGUGUGGAGCGGUUCAAGGAAGAACUCGACUUUUGGCGGAUAUCAAAAUCCAAUGUUCUAACGACAUCAAAAACUGAUACGAAAAUGGAGAAUUGCAGCUCUCAUCUUGCUGUUCUCUGCCAAGUGACUCGGCCAACAAAAGCAUCACCCGCGUCAGUUCUUUCAACGAGGAAGACUACAUCGCCGACUUUGACGGCGCCUGCUGUGCCGAGGCACGUCUCCGUGUCUGGAGGUUCCUGGAAGAUCCGCAGUCGUCCUUCUCUGCGGCCUUCUUCGCUGUUCUUUCUGUGUUCUUCGUCUUUGCCAGCGUUUGUGGUGAGUCUCGCUUUUGAGCCUGCCAAAAGAAGAAGACUUGGAUUUUUAUCAUACUGUGUUACUUUAAGACUCUGCUUCCUAACAAGGUCAAAAAACUCAAUUUUUUUCUUUUGAAAGCUUAAAAUUCUGUUAUUAUCACUAGUUCCGCGGAAAAUUUUCAGGCUCUUUUUCGCUAGACUACUUUUACAAUUUGAAUUUGAAUCAACUCGACUUCGAAAGAAAAUUAGAACUGUAUUUUGAAAUUUUCAGCGAAAGUCCGUUGCCCGACGACCUUAGAUUUUGAUUCGUUAUGAAAAAAUUGCUUUUUCAAUUAGAGCUCCCGUUAUAGUCAAUUUUUGCCGAAUUGAAAGGCGAGGGAGGCGGGGCAGGGGGCGGGACGCGAAGCGUGUGCGUUCGCGGUCCUUGGCACGUGUUCAAUUCACCGCCAUCGACUCUUUGAAAAGUUCCCUUUUUGCUCUUUUCAUUCCUUUUUCAAUUAUUUAUUGAUUGUGUUCAUGUGCUCAUGAAAAAAUGAGAGAAAACAUUGGAAAAGAGCGGUUGCCGAGCUUUUUAAAUAGUCGGCGGCAAUUGAAUUGGACUCGUGCCACGAACCGCGAACGCACAUGUUACGCGUCCCGCCCCUUGCCCUGCCUCCCUCGCCUUUCAAGUCGGGAAACAUUGACUAUAUUAUCAUUUUCCGAACAUUUCCAUGCUCGCCGAAAGCCGACGACGAAAACCUUUCAGGUCUGAUCAUGGGAUCGAUGCCCGAGUUCCAGGCGGACAAUGCCAACGCCUCCGCCUACCACUUCAUGCACGUCCGCCACAGACCAAAUGAAGGCAACAAAUUUCCGCAGGAAGGCGUCCAAAAUGACCAGUAUCCCGAUUUCGUCUACAAACCUACCGAUAGUCCAAAUUUACUCCUCGUCAUCCUUGAGUAUGUCUGCAUGGGCUGGUUCACCUUGGAGUACCUCAUUCGGUUGGGCGAGUCCCAGAGAAUUCUUAUUAAAUUCCAACAUUUUGAGAAUCGUCAUUUACCCGAGGAAAAAGCAAUUUGUGAAGAAAACUCUCAACAUUAUCGAUCUUCUAACGAUUCUUCCGUUUUAUCUGGAAAUCGGCUUGCCUUUGUUUGGAAUGGAGUCGAGUCUCAAAGAGUUCACUGGGGCGAUGCUGGUUAUCAGGGUUCUCCGAGUUCUUCGCAUGGCUCGCGUCUUCAAAUUGGCCCGAUACAGUACCAGUUUGCAGGUGAGAACGAAAUGAAAAUUAUUCUAGGGUCCAAUAAAUAAAUAAAAGCUUUCGCUAAUCGUUUCAAGACCAUUUUCGGCAGUAGCCUUUUAACAUGGUCACUGCGGCAUAAUAGCUUGCAAAUGCGACAGUUGAAAGAGAUUUCUGGCAACAAAACAAGAAUUGCUAGGAAGAUGUAUAAAGCCCUCAAGUGACUUCCAGACAAUCCCUGAAAAACUGAAUUUCCCAGACUUUCGGCCACACGCUGCAGUCCUCAAUCACUGAACUCAGCAUGUUGAGCAUGUUCUUAGUGACUGGAAUCAUCUUUUUCUCCACAAUUAUGUACUACUUGGAGAAAGACGAGCCUCAUACCGACUUUUACAGUAUUCCGGCUGGAUGCUGGUGGUGUGUGUGAGUUUUUUUUUUAGUGAUAUGAACAUUUGAAAAGAUCAUUCAAAAAAAAAAAUUACAGCACUAAAAGGGCGAAAAGAGAGCAUCUCUGGGAAAGGCAGAAAUUUUUUGAAUUCAGCUUGACAUUUGAGAUAAAAAAAAGAAGUUCUCGAGUCAAAUCAGUUCUACAAAAUGAUAGAAAAAAGUUAAAUUUUCUGGCAACAUCUCAAGCCCUUUUUUUCGAAAUUAAUCGAAAUUGUUUAAAUUUUUCGAUUUUUCAGAGUAACGAUGGCGACUGUUGGCUACGGAGACGCAAAACCGGUGACCACGGGUAAUUUUUAAAAAUUGAAAAGCGGAAGUUUUUCUUUCAAUUCAAAAAACAAUUUAAGGAGGGAAGCUUGUGGCAACGGCGACGUCGAUUUGUGGAAUCAUCGUUCUCGCUUUUCCCAUUUCGAUGAUCGUUGAGAAAUUCGCCACGGCUCAGCAAAGGGCCAUCGAGGACGAACAACUCCAUCAAGGUUGCUCCAUUGAGAAUCACUGACUUUUCCUAGAAAAGAGUCACUGAACUCGUACUUUCUGAGAUCCCGAUGAUAUAUACACACUAAAAAUCACGAGAUAAAAGCUCGCGAAAUCUCUUCAACAACUUAUAAUAAAAUCAACCUAGAGACGUUUUUCGAAAAUUUGGUUUCACUAUCAGUACCUUCAUUUAGGGCAUCCUAAAAAGUUUAGAGCGGUUUUCAAAAGAAAUCAAAGUUUCAAAUUUGGUUCAUAUUAUUUGCUAGUAGGUUGAAUUCAAACAGGCCAUGUACUUCGAUCAAUAAAAUUGGAAGUAAGUGAAAAAUCGAACAGUUUCAGAAUCCAAGAGACGCAAGUGCUGGUAAGACUGAUUUUUGACUUGUAAAUAUAUUCAUAUUGAUGUCCCUUCCAAUGUCCCCCACUGGAAUGGCUCUCACUACAGUAAAAGUCCUUGAAAUCAAUUACACAUCGUUUUCCCCGUUGUUCUCUUCCCAAAAACACCUUACCCAACCUUCUUAACUGUUGUGAAUGAAUAAUGAAGGAUUUUUCAGCACAAAUGUCUGCGGUUGCGAACAAUUAUCUUCUUCGGAGGUUCCCUACGACGCGACGACGUGUCCGAAAAGCCCAGGCGAACACAAUCGCCUGA